AUGAAACUUGACGACGUCUUGACAUUCUUUGAUGUACAGCAUCCAAACCUUCCUCUUAUUCUUUUGGGAAUUUCAAUUGGAGCAGCCGCUGUACUCGACGUAACAGGAGUAUUCACUAAUUGCUGGAUUCGAAUUGGCAAAAAUUGUACAGGCAUAGUGCCAUUUGAUUCGACGGAACCUGCCUGGCUUGCUGUAUCCAGUUGGAUGUUGUUCAUAUCGGUUGGAGUUAUGGUUAUCAUGAUUGCUACAUAUAUUGUUGUAAUAAUUGAAAUUCGCCGCCGCGGUUAUCACAUCACAGUUCGCAAAUGGCUAUUACUCAUUGGUAUCUUAUUUGUGCUCAAUGUUCUUCUAAUUAUUAAUCCUAUCGUAGUUAUCCCAUGCGCUCUUUCUAACUACACAAAUGAAAAGCUGGGAUGGUCGUAUUGGUUGACAGGCAUUGCGAUAGGUGCUCUCUUCCUGGUCGAAUUCUUCCGAAUUCGUGUGAAACGACAGUGUACAGCUACUUGA